GUAGCUGUGUCAAAACAGCUGAGAUGAUGAAGUUAGGUUAGCAGAGGGCUGAAGGGAAUCGACCAACCAAUUCAACUUUUCUGUCAGGUCAUAAAUCGUUUAGUUAUCGAUAUAUAUAGAGACACACUACGUGUUUUUUUUAACUUAAAGUGCUGAAAUCCUGACAUCCUGACAUCCUGACAUCAAUCAAGAUAUCCUUAAAGAGACGUUUCCUCUCUCUGUCCACACUUAGCUCGGUUAGCUAGCUAGCUAACUUACCUACUUGACUUACUACACCUUCUGUAGUCGUCUUUACAAGGGCCACUGCGACUAAUGCUCGUGUUUCCACAUGUGAUUGUGUCCAAUGGUUUCUGUUAUUCAUGAGUUACUACUCAGCCUAACUGUCCCCCGUUUUAAAAGGUAGCGCCUGUUGUUUCUCUGUCUCAUGUCUCUGUCCGUGUUUUACGGAGUUUUGUGCGGCGUUUUUCUGGCGCUCCUGAUUUUGGUUUUACGGUUAGUCACGGUGCUCCGGGCAGUUACAGACUGCAAACCUGGGAAAAAAGGCUCCGUGUGUGUUCUAGUAGUGGCCGGAUCAGGCGGACACACGACAGAGAUCAUACGGUUGAUGGAGAGUUUGUCCCAAGUCUACACCCCUCGACAUUAUGUGAUAGCAGACACUGACAAGAUGAGUGAAGACAAGAUUCGCGCAUUUGAAUCCUCGAAAGUGAAAGGCGACAGUCCAGCACAGUUUACCGUUCAUCGGAUCCCUCGCAGUCGGGAGGUUCGUCAGUCAUGGAGCUCCUCUGUGCUUAGUACUCUGUAUGCUCUGCUCUACUCCGUUCCUCUGGUCUUCAGGCUCAGACCUGAUAUGGUGCUGUGUAAUGGACCUGGUACAUGCAUACCUUUGUGUGCUGCUACACUGCUCUUAGGGAUCCUGGGACUGAAGAGGGUCUUACUGGUCUACGUGGAGAGUAUCUGCCGUGUGGAAAGUCUGUCUUUGUCUGGGAAAAUCCUUUACCACUUUGCUGACUACUUCUUUGUGCAGUGGCAGCCUCUGCAGACCAGAUAUCCUAAAUCUGUCUAUAUAGGGAGAAUAGUAUAACGCUGCUGUUGGAAGAAAACCUUGUAUCUCCAUUUUUGACGGUUUUUAUUUUUUGACAUAAUUUGAAAAUGCCUGUGACCCUUUACAUUGUUUGUAAAUUUCGUGAUGAAUGGAGAAAAAGA